UCCAAAAGAGUUACUUAGCAGAGACGCACGUUGAUGGGCUUCAGAGACAAGUGAAACUCAUCCUUCAGUUGCCUCCCACACUCACCAACUCGCCAAGCUUUGCCGCCUGUGCCGAGGCCAUACGGAGAGCCGACUUCCCCCCUGGUUUUACCUUUGGGACUGCUUCCUCAGCUUACCAGUAUGAGGGUGCUGUCAACGAGGGUCAGCGUGGACCUACGAUAUGGGAUACUCUCGCAAGUCGACCCGGGCGGGUGAUCGAUUUCAGCAAUGCAGAUGUUGCUGUUGAUCACUACCAUCGUUACAAGGAAGAUGUGGACUUGAUGAAGGAUAUUGGCGUGGAUGCAUACCGGUUCUCUAUCUCAUGGGCACGCAUCUUCCCAAAUGGAACAGGCAAACCUAAUGAGGAAGGACUGAGUUACUAUAACAGUCUCAUUGAUGUUCUAUUAGAAAAAGGUAUACAACCAUACGUAACACUCUUCCAUUGGGACCUUCCACAAGCACUGGAGGAUAAAUAUGGUGGCUGGUUAAACUCGCAAAUCGUGGAGGAUUUUGUUCACUAUGCCUCUACCUGCUUCAAGGAAUUCGGAGACAGAGUGAAGCACUGGAUCACCAUUAAUGAGCCACAUAACUUCGCAAUUGAUGGCUAUGAUUUUGGAAUCCAAGCACCUGGGAGGUGUUCCAUUUUGUCUCAUUUGUUCUGUAAGGAUGGUAAAUCAUCAACUGAACCAUAUAUUGUGGCCCACAAUAUACUCUUAGCUCAUGCUGGUGUUUUUCAUGCUUACAAGCAGCAUUUCAAGAAAGAACAAGGAGGCCUCAUAGGGAUCGCACUUGACUCCAAGUGGUAUGAACCAUUGUCGGAUGUCGAUGAAGACAGAGAAGCGGCAGCACGAGCAAUGGACUUUGAGCUUGGAUGGUUCUUGGAUCCAUUAAUGUUUGGCCACUACCCCGCUUCUAUGCAGAAACUUGUAGGCGACAGGCUACCUCAAUUUUCAAACCAGGAGUCACAGUUAGUAUCUGGGUCACUAGAUUUUGUAGGCAUAAACCACUACACGACCGUAUAUGCUAGGAACGAUAGGAUGCGGGUCAGGAAACUUAUCAUGAAUGACGCUUCAACGGAUGCUGCUGUCAUCACAACUGCUUACCGGCACGGAAAGAGAAUAGGAGAAACGGCAGCAUCGAGUUGGCUGCACAUAGUUCCCUGGGGCAUGUUCAGCCUGAUGAAACAUGUUAAGGACAAGUAUGGGAAUCCGCCCGUGUUCAUUACAGAGAAUGGAAUGGAUGACGCAAACAGCCGGUUCUCGAAGUUGGAAACUGUCCUGCAGGACAAUAAGAGGAUACAGUACCACAACGACUACAUGUCCAAUCUCCUAGAUGCUAUAAGGAAGGAAGGGUGCAACAUCCGUGGCUACUUCGUGUGGUCGCUGCUCGACAACUGGGAGUGGAACUCGGGGUACACGGUGCGGUUCGGCCUCUACUACAUCGACUACGACAACAACCUGACGAGGAUACCCAAGGCGUCCGUCGAAUGGUUCAGACAGGUUCUGGCCCAGAAGACGGCUGCCAUUGUAGAUAAAUCAUAAUGUAGCACCGUGAUUCUUCAGUCACCGUUCCAUCCAAUUGUGCAUAGUUACCAUUUACACACAUGCGAGUACAUACCCUUACUAGGAGGCAAAAUUGUAACCGGAGAAUUCCCUACACGGCCGUCAACAGCGCCGUCGAGCGUGCCGCGGCCGUGCUUGUACAGUGAUUUUACAGAGAUCAUCAACAAGAGGAGAAUUGUACAUCCCAUCAUUUUUAUUCUAGUGUAUGUGGAUAAUUGUAGACA